AUGCCGCCGGGACCGCCUCUCUUCCACAUCCACCCGGCGCCCCGGCCUAUGCACCCCUUCUGGCAAGGGAGGUAUACCACGCUUAUCUCGCAUUGCACACGCCGUCGACGCAGGCCGGCUACCUGCCACAACGCUGCCCGCGUCAUUAUCAGGGCUGCACAGCUUAGCGCAGACGAUGCUGCCCAGCCGCCGGGUGCCCUAGUGCCGACACGACCAGAGAAAACGUUACUCAGAAUUCAUGCACGACGCCCAGUCUGGACUUAUGUUAUUAUCGGUCUCAACGCCAGUGUUCUAAUCUUUCAGAAGCUCUCGCUGCUUCUUUUUCGAGUAACCCCCUACGGUGCAGGCCUUCCCAAUCUCCAGACACUUGGCGCUAAAGUUAGCACCAAAAUCCUCACGGGGCAGCUGUGGCGUCUGUUCACCGCCGCCUUCCUGCACGUCAAUCUCCGCCAUCUGCUCUUCAACUCAUACGCCCUGUACGCCCUCGGCAGCGCCGCGGAGAUACUCUACGGAGGUUCCGCAUUCCUCUCUAUAUACGUCGCCGGCGCCGUCGGCGGAAAUCUCGCGAGCUUGCUCGCUUCGGCAACAUCGUCGCGUCCUUCUGUCGGCUCCUCAGGCGCCGUGUUUAGCCUCAUCGCCGCUAUGUGCGUGCACCUGGAGCGCAACCGCAAGCCCAUCGGCCCCGCUGCAAGAGAGAACCUGAAAUUAGUCGCGCUUGCUACCGCCCUGAAUCUUGCAGGGGGCUGGCUCAUGCCCUCCGUUGAUGGAUGGGCGCAUUUUGGAGGAUGCGUGUUUGGCGUUUUGAUGGGGGCGAGGCUCGUUCCGCUUGUUGUACUACACCGUUCUGGCGCGACGGGGGUUGUUACGUUUGUGGAAGUGCGCAGGAGGGGGGCGAAGGCCGCGGCUGUCGCGGCGGUCGUGGCGGUCGUGUUGGCCGUUAGUGUUGCCGUUUUGGUCGGCAUUGCGGCGGGAGCCUAGAUGCCGCUUUUGAGAUGCGCGAAGCCCCUACGUUUGGCCGUAGGUUCAGUUGCUUUGCAUCUCGCAAAGUAUGAAAGUUGUGUGCAAAUGAAUGGCGUAUGCGUUGUACAUCGUAUCUGAGAGCGUAUGAGUCACAAGAAAGAGGGGGACAAUUCCUACUUACCGUGGGCGAGAAGAUGUUGUAUCUACCUGUUCACGAUGUUUGGCACUGGUUUACAAGAGAUCCAGAAACCGCCUGUGAACGAAUGAGGCUUGAGCAUGUCCUGUCCACUGUAUAGUAUUGGCAGAGGAAUUUUUGUCAUGUAUGCAAGCCCCAUGAAGAGAGCCAUUUAAGAUGCAGGUAUCGAGGCCAACUCCUUUGGCUCUCCUCAAAGUUCUCUAUCAUGGUACAGUAUUGUGCGAUUGUUUUAUUGCUGUCUCCUUGGAAACGUCGCAGACGGCAGACAUAGAGGAGGGAGACACCUGAAAAACUAUUUUCUCAUCGCUCACAAGAUGUUUUCGGCCAUGCCUUUAUACAAGAUACUUCUCACCCGGGCGUCGGAAUAUUCACUCCUGGUCUUUUAUGCGGAGAUUAGUACACAUGGCCACCUAUCAGGCUAGUACUGUACGUCGAACUAGUUUUAUCGCCGAAGCAGACCGAACUUGAGUUUGGGCACUUUUAA